AUGCAAAUCUGGUUCCAUGGCACUGGUCUGCUGCUGUUGGUGCUGCCCCUGACGCUGGGUCAAGACCUCGCCCAUGAGCGGCUCGCAGCUUUCCAGUUUCCCUUGUCUGGUGAUUCCAAGUUGACUCUUGCUGCCUCGGGGUCAUGUGGCCUCGGCUACGUACAGUGUAAUGAUGGGUGCAUGCCAGUAGGCAAUACCUGCUGCAGUGAUUCGAAUGGCAGUUGUCCUAUCGGCUAUGCCUGUGUGACUGGCGGGUGUUGUCCAUUAGGAAAGACGUGCUCUGGCAGUCCUUCUGGGUGUGGCGCCAAUCGAAAGGAGUGCGGUAAUGCCUGCAUGCCACUGACGGGCGUCUGCUGCGAUGAUUCCAAGUACUGUCCAGCCGGUAACCUCUGCACCACGGAUGGGUUUUGCUGUUCUGUCGGAGAGACGUGCUCAGGAACUGGGAGCGGCAGUGGCAGCGGCAGCGGCAGCGGCAGCGGCAGCGGCAGUUCAAGUACAACGACAACCACAGCCAGGUCAACUACCAGAUCAACGACAUACACGAGCUUCGAAGACGAUACAAGCACUGCCGAGACUUUCACCUUGAGUGCCAAAACAACUUCCAGGGUCUCGACAACGAGUAGCGACGAUGUUAGGACUUCGACUUCGACUUCGACAUCGAGGACCGCGACACGCACGACUUCGUCUUCGUCUACGGACAGCUCAACAGCAGCGCCCACUGCCUUUACUAUACCGACCACUCGAGCCUCUUCCACAAGUAGCAGUAUCACGACCACCGUACGUGCUCAAAUGGGAGACCAUCAUGCAGCCAAUGUCAAGUUGGCCGUGGCUGGUGUCGCUGCCGCUGCGGCUCUAUUGAUCUAG